AUGGCAGUCGUAGAGACGAGAAAGGACAUGUACCAAAUGUCUUACGAAGCAAACAUUCCAGACUGUACCCUGUGUGAGCCGGGAGCCGACCUGCGUGUGCUGGGGAUAGGGAGUGGAUCAGGAGAGACUGACAGCGCCAUCUUGAAGAAGCUUCUACAGCGCCACAGCAGUGUGUACAACAGGGUCGUGGAACCGUCGGGAGAAAUGAUCGGGCGAUACAAGGCACUUGUGCGGGAAGAUACAAGCCUCGGUGCUGUGAGAUUUGACUGGCGUCAGCAGACAGCAGAAGAGUACUUCCAGACGAAGGACGACACAAAGUUCCACCUGAUCCAUGCUGUCCAUGUUCUGUACCAUGUGGAAGAUCUUGACGCCACCUUGCGGAACAUGUGGGGACAACUGGAAGACGGUGGUUACAUGUUUGUCACUAUGCAGUCAGGCAAAGGUGGCUGGGGAGGGCUGCGGCACAAGUUGUGGGAGAAGUUUGGCCUAGGUGACCGCUUGAAGACAUGGUGCAGCACGUCCGGUGACGUCAAACAGCGUCUUGACACAAGAGGUAUCAGCUACGUCACAUCAUUGGAUACAAACAACAUAAACGUCUCAGAGUGCUUUAAGGAGAACUCAGAGAACGGAAAGUUGCUUCUCGACUUCUUGACACACACGCCUUACGUGUCGAGCGAGGCUGAGAUAAAAGCGAUGGCUCUGGGGUACAUCCGGGGUAAUUCGUCAUCGGUUGAUGAUAAAAUCCUCUUUUCAGCGAUGAGCGAGGUUAUCCUAGCAUUGAAAAAUUGUGCAAAAGCAUAGAAAAUGUCGUUUUUUAAAACUGUUUCAUCAGACCAUUUAUAGGAUCACAAAAUAUAUCUUGGACUCAACAUGCUACACUCAAAACCAUAUAUGGAAGUCUUCGAGAAGUUUGACUUUGACUCUGGUAUCGAGUUUGAGAACCUAGAGCAAGCUAUGUCGGAUAGGGCCCUAUGGGGUGGAAUAUGUAUUAGCCUGGUCCUGACCUCCGGUCGCUGAUGUAUGUAUCGUGCAAAUCUCUCCACAUUAUACAUGCUGUGCCCGGAAAGUAAGA